GGAAGCGUUUGGGUGCUGCACUGCCGCGCUCGCUGCCCUUCAGCGGGGAACUGGGAAGGAGAGCGCCGGCGUCUCCGGCCCGGGCGGAGGUCGAGGUGGUCUUCUAGUCACUAGAGGUGUGAGGCCAGGCCUCCAGGGGGAACGACGUCACCAUGAUGGACGGACGGCCGGGCCGAGAGCCCUUAAGGUUCUUACCGGAUGAGGCUCGGAACCUGCCUCCGCCCAAGCUGACCGACCCGCGGCUUCUCUUCUCGGGCCUUCUGGGCUACGGCGCCGGCCUGUUGGACAACGCGCUCCGGCAGAGGCCUGUCUUGACCAGCGGUUUGCAUCGCCAGCUUCUAUAUGUUACUUCCUUUUUUUUUGCUGGAUAUUAUCUUUUAAGACGUCAAGAGUAUAUUUUUGCUUUGAGGGACCACGACAUGUUUGCAUAUAUAAAAUCACAUCCAGAAGAUUUUCCUAAAAAAGAAAAGAAAACUUAUGGUGAAAUUCUUGAAGAAUUCCAUCCAGUACGUUGAAGUCUUCAAAAACUUGCUUCUAUUUCCUCUUAUUUCUUAGUUUUAUGGAACGUGUUUCCAUGACAACUGAAGUUUGUGUUAAUCUAGAUGUUAAUACCUAUAAUUAAAAUAGUUAUGACUACUCUGA